AUGUCAUCCAAUGCUACGCAGCAACACAAGAAACGUUUGAUACCGCUCCGGAAGACGGAUGCGAUGUCAAAUGCAGAACGAUGUAAUGCAAAUAUAAUAGAUGAAAUAUGCAACAAUGGUUCCGAUUGUUUUCAGGUAAUACCGCCUGAUGGGCGAGAUCCAGAUGGUACACCUCUAUUUCUUAGGCUCAAUAUUGGUGGAACGCCGUAUUUGCUCUUGAUACAAGCCCUACUUAAAGCCGAAUCAUCUGGAUUUCUUUCAAAAUUUGUUCAGCUCAGUCACAAGGCCAGAUUAAAAGUUGCUGAUGCUUACAUAUCAAAUGAAGAUUCCUAUUUUUUUCAACGAUCAGCUUCUGCUUUUGAUGCAGUAUUUCAAUAUUAUGCUACUGGCGUAAUCCAUCGUCCUCCCGAAAUCUGCCCUGCAGCAUUUUUGGCAGAAUUGGAAUUUUGGCGGAUUUCUUAUAAAUAUGUAGGUUCAUGUUGUGCAGACAUAGUUCCACGAGAAAAAAGUGAAGAAAAAGAAGAAGAAAAGGUGGACAAUAAAGCUUUCGAUAACCUUAUUUUUGGACAAAUAAGGCGACGAAUGUGGACGUUUUUAGAGAAUCCAGGAUCAUCUGUCCAAGCGAAAUCUUUCGAAUUAUCGUCAACUUUGUUUGUGGCUAUUUCCGUUAUGGGUUUAAGCUUUGGUACUGUGCCGGACUUUCAGGUAGUAACUCAGUAUCUGCCUUCACAUAAUGAAACAGUAAUUUUUCCGAACGGUACUGUAAAAAUGGUUGAAAAAAUAGAGGAAAUUCGAGUCGAACAUCCAGCAUUUGUGUUUACUGAGCGAAUAUGUAUUGCUUUCUUCACUGUUGAAUAUUGCUUACGAUUAUUUGCUGCUCCAAGAAAAUUUCGCUUUGCUUUGAAACCGUUGAAUCUUGUGGAUUUGAUGGCGAUUGUGCCAUUUUAUUUGGAGCUAUUACUAACAUUUUUUGGUGUUGAUGAUAAGAAAUUACGGGAUCUACGAUGGGCCUUCCUAGUUGUUCGAAUUUUGAGGGUACUUCGCGUGAUACGGAUCAUAAAAUUAGGAAGGUUUAGUUCUGGCCUACAAACAUUCGCUAUGACCUUACAACGAAGUCAGAAGCAGUUACAGAUGAUGACAAUUGUUUUACUCACAGGAGUGGUAUUUUUCUCAACUAUGAUCUAUUUUUUAGAAAAGGAUGAGGAUGGAACACCAUUUACAAGUAUACCAGCUGCAUAUUGGUGGUGCAUAGUCACUAUGACCACGGUUGGUUAUGGCGACGCUGUACCAGCAACAACAAUGGGGAAGAUCAUAGCAUCAGCAGCAAUUAUGUGUGGCGUUCUUGUCUUAGCAUUGCCAAUCACAAUAAUUGUUGAUAACUUUAUCAAGGUUGCUCAAGAUGAACAACAGUCUGAACAACAAAAAAUGGAGCAACUUAAACAAGAACAAACCAUUCAGUCGAUAUUAAAACGGGAUAACGAUGAAGUAUGA